GAACAGCCCUUCCGUCAUCAUUUAUUGUAUACUCUUUGGUCAUUAUUAAUUUCCGUUCAGUUUUCAUUAUAUACUCUUUGUUCAGUGUUAUUAUGUAUUAAUAAGUGAUUUCUGUGAUUCUAACACAAGGAUACUAGAUAAAGAAAGUUGUGAUGUAAAAAAUAUUUUCAAGCUCAUAGACUUAUCUAUGUAUAUUUGUGAUGAUUAAACAAUUUUAUUGCUAAUAUUUGUGCGUUACGAUCGUAUCAAAAAUACGUAAGGAGCUGAUAUUGAACAAUGGCGCAACACAAAUACAUCACCAAUACGAGUAAUCUUUUCAGCAGCGACGACGCAGACGACGUAGAUGAUGACACCUUUGUUAAUAGCUACAGAUCAAGAAUUCCGCCCCCUCAAUCAAGGCCGUCACCAUCUCCAUACAUUGCGGAAUUGGAAAGACAAAGGCAAACCAUGUUAGAGAAACAAAAGGAAAUCGAGCAACGAACUCUCGAUUCUUCAGUAAGAAGUAUAGGCUUAUUGCGUGAAUCUGAGCAAAUUGGAAUUGCUACAGCUGAGGAACUAGCCCGCCAACGUGAGCAACUCCAAAACACUAAUAGACGACUUGACGAAAUAAACACAAACUUAAGCUACAGUCAAAAACAUCUAAAUGGUAUUAAAUCUGUUUUUUACGGUUUCAAAAACUAUUUGUCUGGUAAAUCAGAUCAAACACCAUCUAAAAGCCAAGCAUCGCCCAGUUCUAGCAUAUCAAAAGCGGGAAAUAGUAGCAAAAUAGAUGAUACAAUAAACUCGAUGAGCGCUGGUGGAGUGGAUCACUUUAGUACUCAUCCAGCAACCCGCUUGAGAGGACUAGAUCAACAAGCAACAGCUGAACCCAUAUCAGAUACACAGCGUAUAAAUAAAAUGUUAGAUGCUAACUUGGAUGAGAUGGUUACUCAUAUAUCGAGACUUAAAGGUCUAGGAAUAGCUCUCGGAGACGAAAUAGAACAUCAGAACAGUCUAAUAGAUGAGAUUCAGGAUAAAGUUGAUGUUGCAGAUAUAAAAAUUGGUCAUCAAAAUAAACAAAUGAAUAAACUUUUAGGAAAAUAAAUAGUUUACACUGAGA